CCGGGAUCGGAGGCACAUUUUCUGUGAGCUCCCACCAUGAAGCUGCUCCUGCUCCUCGCCCUGGUGGGCCUGGCCCAGGGCUUCCAGACCAGGGUGCCACUGAGGAGGAUGAAGUCGCUGCGGCAGAGGCUGCAGGAGCAGGGAUUGCUGGAGAGUUACCUGGAGCAGCAUCCCUACAACCUGGCUGCCAAGUAUUUCCCGGGCAUCGCUGUGGAGCCCCUGGAGAACUACAUGGAUGAUGAGUACUUUGGCACCAUCUCCAUUGGGACCCCACCCCAGGAAUUUACCGUGGUGUUCGAUACUGGCUCCUCCAACCUCUGGGUUCCCUCAGUCUUCUGCUCCAGCCCAGCCUGCAGGAAUCACAACCGCUUCAAUCCUGCGGAAUCCUCCACAUUCCUCAGCACCAAUGACACCCUGUUCAUCGCCUACGGCACAGGAAGCAUGACAGGAGUCCUGGGAUACGACACCGUCAACGUUGCCGGCAUCAACGUCCGCCACCAGAUUUUUGGGCUGGCCGAGACAGAGCCAGGGGAUUUCUUCUACUACACCCCCUUUGAUGGCAUUCUGGGAUUGGCAUUCCCAAGCAUUGCUUCCUCCGGAGCCACCCCUGUCUUCGACAACAUGAUGAUGGAAAACCUUGUGGAUAGGCAUCUUUUCUCUGUCUACCUUAGCAGGGACAGCCAAGGUGGGAGUUUUGUCCUCUUCGGUGCCAUCGAUCCCUACUACACCACCAAAGGCAUCUCCUGGAUCCCGCUCUCUGCCGAAACCUACUGGCAGAUCUCUAUGGAGAGUGUCUCCUUCAACGGGGCUGCAGUGGCCUGUUCCAGGGGAUGCCAGGCCAUCGUGGAUACGGGAACCACUCUGUUGGCUGUUCCUAUCCGGGCCUUCCGGACCCUCAUGAGGCUCCUUGGCGCCAGCUCCAGUGGUGAGAUCAGCUGUGAGGCCGUCAGCAACCUUCCCAACCUCAUCUUCCACAUCCAUGGCAAAGAAUUCCCGGUGCCACCCAGAGCCUACGUGUUAAGGAGUAACGGGUACUGCACCCUGGGAUUUCAAGGCAUGGAUGUGCCCACGGAGGAGGGCGAGCUCUGGAUCCUGGGGGAUGUCUUUAUCCGGGAAUAUUACAUCAUCUUCGACAGGGCCAACAACAAGGUGGGGCUGUCCCGGCUGCCCUGAGCUGGGGUGGGAAUCCCAGGUGUUCCCAUCUCAGAGGCUGGCAGGGCUUGUCCCUUUUCCAGUGCUCCUGCCAGCACUGAGGACAAUAAAGGU